UGUUCAAAAACCUUCGGAAAGAGGAAAUGUAGAAGAGUUUGUCUCCCUAGAAACCAUUUAUUCUAUGAUUAUAUUACGAAAUGGAGGAGUCUAGAGGUUUAAGCUGUUCAGUCUGUUACAAUGCGUUUACAUCUGUAGAAGAUCAAAGUGUUCCUCGUAAUCUAAAUUGUGGACAUACAUUCUGUACUGCCUGUCUUCAAAAGAUUGCUGCUCAGUCCCUUCAUGUGUAUGUCAAAUGCCCAGCCUGCAAAACUGAAACACCACUGCUUGCAAGUGGUCGCACUAUGAGAAGUAUCUCUUCCCUUCCAAAGAACUUCGGACUGCUAGAAAUUAUAGAAUGUAAAGAAAAGAAAUCUAAUGUCAACCAUGCAAGUACUUGUGAUACAGCUGACAUAGGCAAAGAUAAAAGUAAUAAUAAUAUCUGUAAGGAGCAUGAUGAAAUUAAGAAAGUUUACUGUUUCACAGACCAGUGUCUUAUCUGCAUAUAUUGUCAGAUUUAUGGAAAACAUGAAGGACAUGACUGUGAGUUAGCAAGCACAUUAGCCAAGAGCUCAAGAGAAGAACUUCAGAAGAUUUCUGAUAAACUUGAAAGUGAAUGUGAUAGGCUAUGCAAAGCAACGAGUGAAAUAUCUGACAUGGAACAUUCUAUUGUAAAUAGACAGUUUUAUCUUAAAGACAGAGUGAAGAAGUACAUGACUCUGCUUCAUCACAAUUUGACAAGACGGGAAGCAUAUAUUAUAUCACAAAUUGAUGAAUUGACAACAAGUAAACUGAAGGUGUUGGAGACACAAGAAAAAACCCUGUCUGAGGUAAUACACAAAUGCAAAGAAAUGUAUCAUCUAAUUCAAACAGUACAAAAUGAUGGUGAUAAUUGUGUGAUUGAAGACAAGCCUACAAUAGAGAAGCUUGUAGAUGAGAUGUCUUAUUUGGCAGAAGCUUGUCAAUUACAGCCACAAGCAGACAACAAUUUGAUGUUUGAAUUUGACGAGGAUGUACUAAAUAUUUUGGAAAAAUCAUCUGGAAGAAUUAUGGAAAUAGAGGCUGAUGAAGAACAGAGCGAUAGUAGUGUUGACUCCAAGCAACAUAUGCUUGACAAUGCAUUAUCAAAUCUGGACAAAGAGUUGCAUAUUAGCAAUACUCAGUUGAGCCGGGCAAUUGAACAGGAAGACACCAUUGCCGAACAUGUUGAUACAGAAAGUGAAGAAGAUGAUAGUGAAGAAGAUGAUGGUGAUGAAGAUGAAGGAGAAAAUUCAGAGUGUACAACAUCUUCUUCAGAUGCAGAUGAAUCUGAGCAAGAGGAAGCUGAAAACAUAGAGAAUAUGAACGACACAAACGCUGAUCAAGCAGAGGAUGACGAGGCAGCCUCAGAAGGCGAACUAUUGGGUGCUGUAGGAGGAAACGCAUUACCUGAAGCACAACAAGACGAGAACAAACGUAAAGAUAUCAAUGAAAAGCAAAGGUUGUUAAGGGAAUUGCAACAUGAAAUUGAAAGACUUAGACUGCUUGGGCCGACUGGCGAAGUGAUUCGAGUCAUCGAUGACAGCUCAUCUUCAAGUGUCGAGAAUGUGACUGAUACAGAUGAUGAUAACGAGAACGACACACAUGGUUUACUACUCGACUUUCAGAUUAGAGUCAACAACGACUUAGGUCGAACGAAGCCGUCUCGCGCAACUGGUGGAACUGCUAUCCAGGGAACGUUACCAAAUAAAGAUGUGUCAGCACGUAAGCAUAGCAAGCCGCGUACAUGUGGAAAAAAGCGCUGCUCGGUAGUAAACUGUCAACAUCAUGUCCACCCUUCCUUACAAUGCAAGAACUGUUGUCUUGUCUUUUGUAGAAGAUGUGCAUCGUUAUCACUGACCUGCAAUAAGAGUGACUGUGGACAUAACUAUGUUAGCUACAGACAUAGCGCGCAUCACCUCAACAAAAACAUCAAAUCGAAAUUUGGGAAGCACAGCGUUUCGAAAUUACACAAGGUUUGCAAACGCGGCUCCAUGCAACCGGCACCUCAGUGGAUAUGCAAGCGUUGUACCAUGCUAAACGAGGGCCAUGUAUUGGUAUGUGGGGCUUGUGAGACUAGCAAGGAUUAUGACCCAGAAGAAACAAGGAACGUUUGUCCAAUGUGUACCCUUGUUAACGAACCUGGAAAAACCAAUUGCGAGUUGUGCGAUACAGAUUUAGAUGAGAGACAGUAGCCUGGAUGAAGGAUGUCUCGGAAUCAAGCUCUGAACUAGUGCUUGAACAUAGGCCUCACACAUGUAGAUAACCAUUGAAUGCAACUAGCUUUAUAUAACGCAGCCUUGUUACCGCCAUCCAUACACCUAUAUAACUGAAGUGGCCAAUCUCCAGAGAAUUUGUUUUUAUGUUCUGGUAAAGCUUUCCCCUUCAAAGAUUUCUCUACACUGUAAAUUUGACGCUUUUUACAUGUCAGUCAGUGCGCAUCCCACGAAGUAAAAAUUAGAUUUCGUAAUCAGAARAGUCGUCGUGAUCAUUCACAUGAUUCUGUAAAUAACACAAAUAUACCCUACAAAAUGAAUGAAUCUUAAUUCUUGUGUAAAUAAAUUACAAAUACUUGAAUGACGAAAUAUUGUGAGACAAACGAAUUCUGUAAAUAUUGAAGAAUAUUAAAACUGGCACAUAUGAUGUA